AUGACCAAGGAGUAUCAAGAUCUUCAACAUCUGGACAAUGAGGAGAGUGACCACCAUCAGUUCAGAAAUGGGCCACCUCCUCCCCAGCCCCUUAUGAGGCGUCUCUGCUCCGGACCCUGCCUCCUUCUGCUUUCCUUGGGCCUCAGCCUCCUGCUGCUGGUUGUCAUCUGUGUGAUCGGAUCCCAAAACUCCCAGCUGCAAGAAGAGCUGCGGGCCCUGAAAGAGGCGGUCAGCAACUUCACAGUAAUCACUAAGGCUGAGGUCACGUCCCUGAGCACGCAGGGAGGCAGUGUGGGCCGGAAGAUGAAGAACCUGGAGUCCCAGCUGUUGAAGCAGCAGCAGUCCAUGAGUGAAGAUCACUCCAGCUUGUUGCUCCACGUGAAGCAUUUUGUGUCAGACCUGCGCAGCCUGAGCUGCCAGAUAGCCAUCCUCCAGGGCAACGGCACUGACAGACCCUGCUGCCCUGUUAACUGGGUGGAACAUGAAGGCAGCUGCUACUGGUUCUCUCGCUCUGGAAAGCCCUGGCCCGAGGCACAGAACUACUGCCUGCUGGAGGAUGCCCACCUGGCGGUGGUCACCUCCUGGGAGGAACAAAAUUUUAUCCAGCGCCACACAGGCUCUGCAAACACCUGGAUAGGCCUCACUGAUCAGAACGGACCCUGGAAAUGGGUGGAUGGGACAGACUACGAGACGGGCUUCAAGAACUGGAGGCCGGAGCAGCCAGAUGACUGGUAUGGCCAUGGCCUCGGAGGAGGAGAGGACUGUGCCCACUUCACUGAUAAUGGUCGCUGGAAUGAUGAUGUCUGCCAGAGGCCCUACCGCUGGGUCUGUGAGACAGGACUGGACAAGGCCAGCUAG